AUGUGUGUUAUCAUCCGUAAGAUCGCGGGUUCGAAUGCCAGUGAUGGCAUUUUAGAUAAUAUUAGGAGGCUCGAGGAGCGUUGUGAGUAUCUCGGGAAGGAGCUCGAGGUUGCCAAGAAGGAGAAAGUCGAAACCCGGCGACAAUCCACCGAAUGCCAGGCUCGUAUCGAAGCGGAGGUUGCUAUAAAGCGAGCGAGCGAACGUGAGGUUUCUGGCAAGGAGUCCCUCAGGCGGCGAAUUAUUGAGAAAGAUGUUGCGGCCAGACGGGGGGGGACUUGGAGAGGCGGAAGAGUCAAGUUCGGCAUGAGAGGGCUAAUGUGCAUCAAAUUGACAGGAAAGUGCAAGGGCUGGGAAAGUGGAGGACCCAGGGAUCGAUCCCGGUCACAAUUGGUGGAGAUGGAACUAGCUUGGAAGGGACUCCCAGAGGAUCGGGCGAAGCUGUUCUUACAAGCACAGGAGCUAGCCCCUGAGGUCCGCAUAGACACUCCAGUUUGGUCGCCCCGGCAUGGGGGGAGUGUGGCUAGAGUAGGGAGGCAUGAGAAGGUGGUGGAGCAGGAAAAGCGAGAGGCGAUUGAGAAAGCUAUUCGAGAGACCUGGCGCAGAAUAGAAGGGAAACAUGAUGAAAUUGCAGAGUUGGAGGAAGCCAUUGGUGAUCUUGGCGAGGAGGAAUCAUCAGAACAUGAAGAGGGCUCGCAUGUUAUCACGGGUGACGUUUUUGCUGUGCUGCGUCCGCCAGCGUGA